GUCCUUAACAGUCUGUAUAAUUCACUCGGGGCAGGUCAUGGUGUAAUGUAUUUCCAUGAAAGCGCACGUCUAGUUCAUUGGUUUGAAUUUUUGCUUUUAACUCUUCGUGUAGGAGAACAUUGAAUCUGGUAUUGCUCCAAUGCAAGGUAAGUAAAGUUCUGUUUACAAAUAUAUAAGACGUUACAGUAAACGUUCACCAAAUGUGUUUCAUACAGAAAUUUUUUAUCCCAUGUACAUCUUGUAUCGCAUUCCUUCUGAAUAGCUUUGAAUAAUGUGUGUCUGGUCUUCUCUAUCUGCAACAAAAACGUGAAAACAAACUAUUGCUAUUUACUGUAAAACGCCUUUUCAAUGACAAUGUUGGAAUAAUAGAAUGCUAUGUUUCAACAAGAAAUGUUAUGCUUUAAUACAGAAAAUGGUGCUUCAUCUUUCCAAGGAGACGCGAAUGACGGUCAAAAACCUUCUAAAGACAAGGUAAAUAAAUGUUCAGUUGUUUAUGGGCAGAGUUAUCCCUUAUUAAGGGCAGAGUUUUGGAUCCUGGGUGAUUAUAAGUUGCGAAAAUAUUUAUCAUCGAUCUAUUCACAGUUUAUUUAUUUAACAGCUUUAUUAGGAACUGAUUUCUUUAGAAUACACACGCACACACACACAAGUAAGAAAGGACUGUUCCCAAACGGGAAGUAGCGAACGGGUCGUAAGAGCCCAUGUGAGGCUAACCUCCCAAUUAAUUUACACAUUUAUAAAUAGACAAUCUAAAAUUUAAAUCACCUUUUGUUAUAAUCCCAUGUUUGUUUCGUAUGCAUGUAUAAUCGAGCUUUUGUACUAUUGUCCAAGUACAGUGUUAACAUACUAUAAAAACACUGUUACUUUUAGUUACAUCUUCCACCAUUACGCAACUACUCGAAAAUUUACUUUUCAAAAUAAUUUUAGUUGUAAAGACACUAGCAGACCCCAAACUACCCAUGCUUGUAUAAAAGUUUGCAGUUUGACGGACAUUUCCUUUUCGUACACCCUAUAGUAACGCUGCAUAAAAAAGACGUAGCUAUAUAGUAUUUCUUUUUGCUCUGAAUAUGUUGCAAGAAGCAACCAAAUGUAACUACGUAGCCUUUAGUUAAUCAUUGAAAAAUAUAAACUGUUUACGGAUGGCUCUCUUUAAAUUAAGUAUCCUUAUUUUAUAGAGCACACUGCAACAUUUUAUGAACCAAACACAAUUAUAAAUAUUUUUAUUUAGACCAUGCGAAAAAGGGAAGAUUGUUGUAAACAUUUCGAAGAGCAGAUUGUAGACGAAUUCUUAGAUCAAUUGAAGAUUAACAAAGGUAACCUAACAGAUCCCAACAUCGGGCCAAUCCCAAAGAGUUUAAGCGAUGCUGGAACGGUGACGUCUAUUGUCCUUGGCGUUGCUAGCGUAACAACACUAGGAUUAAGUAUUGGAACGUUCGGUAUUGGUUCCCUUGUUGGCGCUGCAGUAGCUGGUAUAACCUUCACUGUCACGAAACUUGAUCAAAGAAAAAAGAAAGCAAAUGCCAAAACGCUAGAUGAGAAAAUGGAGAUCUACGUUCAUUCUGAAUUAAAAUGCAUCAUCAGGGAUGUUGCCAGGGAGUUGUCUCGUAUGUUCGAGUACCAAGUGGUUGAAUUGGAAGACGAAACGCAAAUUAAUCUUUUAGCGAAGUGUGCUGUCGAUUUGAUGUUAUCAAAAUGGAAGGAAAACGAGAACCUCGGCAGAAACACUUUAAUAAAGAAAGUACUACAAGAUGGCAAAUUAAAGAAGACGGAAUUACUGACGAGGGAAGGUGAUAAGUGGUUUGCGCCGGAUGUUUUUCGACAACCUGGCUUGCGAAAAAUGAUUUUCGAAAAGGAUGGCGCGGAAUUUGAAUAUUUUGUUAAGAAGGCCAAUAAGAAGGCAAAAAAUGCUUGUGACACAAGCAAGUAUGGUUAUCGCGGUCAGUUUCUUGAAUUGAAAAAUGAUGAAACGAAGAAGUUGAAAAACGAGGAAGAUGACAUGGGCAAGGAUGAAACCGACGCGGUCAAAGAUUGUCUCUAUUGCAACGAGUCGUUCAUAGAAUCUUCUCACAAUGAAAAUUCUCAACAUGAAAAUUGCACCAUUUACCACCAAUACUUUUGUGAGUCUGUUAUUGACUCUCAUUACACGGAGCGUCGAGUGCCGUGUCUCACUUACAAUCCAAUACACAUUUUAAUUCGAUGUCCAAAUGUUUUAGAGUCUUUCAACCAGCUUCGAGAAGAAAAGCCCUCAUUAGCCAAAUUUUUGAAGAAAACCUUCAAAAAAGUCCUUCCUGAGGAUCAUCUUGUUCUCCCUAUUUAUCGACCACAUUUGCCAAAGAAAAUUACUAACCUCGAAAAGUCAGACCUCACUGGAUCAGAUUUCAGCCAUUCCGAUUUCACAAAUUCGUCUCUGGAGGGAUGCACAUUCACUGAAGUUGUCAUGUUGUUUGCAGAACUAGCAGGGACAAGGAUGUCUGGUUCAAAAUUUAAUGACACAUUGAUCAGUCACAGUAACUUGGUGGGAGUUAAAGCUCGUAAGUGCAAGUGGACGAAGACGAAGCUCCUUUACUCGCGUGUGGAAGGCGCAUACCUGGACGGUGCCGAAUCCAGCAUAAGUGGGAAUACAUUGAUCGGGACCAAUAUUGGCGAGGCCCACGUCUAGAAGACAGAGUUGAACUGCAUCGAAAGUAAGUAUAAAUAUAUGGAAAUUUUAAAACAGCGACGUACUAUUUUUAAUUAAUCGAAAAAUUAAGACCGGGUUUCAAGUCCAAACAGUUUGUUCCAGCAAACUACGAGGACGUGAAAUCUGAUCCAGUCCGAAUUUGAGGUUUAAAAUGACAUUUCAUCCUGCCAUAUUAUUACCGAAAGUGUUGUGAAUUAUUACAAAAAGUUUCAUCUGGUCCUGUCUUAAAACACUCCUAAAACUCUUGCUUUAAAUAGUACUUAAGACUGAAUUAGAGUUGCAUAGCAUGGGGAAUUGGUUGCCGGUGUGGAGAAUUUUUCUGCAUCACUGCACCAUGUGACUGUAGAAAUAGUAAUAAUAUCUUAAGAUAAAAACAUGUGGAAAAUUUUAGAGACAAACUACUGUUAUCACUUAUAAAUGCAUGUAUCUAAUUUUUGGUUAUCUGUUGAUUUUUAACGGCAACAGUUUAGAAAGGCAAUUGACAAUUGUACAGAUGCGUCACAUAAAGUUGAUUGGAAAAGAAUCCAGGAUUAGUUACUGGUAAAGUAAUGUGUAGAGACCAGUAAGAACUAUGUUUAUUAUGUGUGUUUUUGGUAUGUAUGGACGUAAUGGACCAUAUGUGGAAUUAUUGGAACGUAGCAUUAUACACGCACAGCCUCGACACAGAAUAGAGACCUUACAGAAGGUCGACGUCUUGGUUUGGCCUAUGAUUUUGGUGUAAUCGUUGCAAUGUUGUCGUCAUGUUCCUAGGCGGUGCGCUUAUCAGAGGCAUUCACUCCCCUGAGAAUAUUCAAAAUUUCGGAUGUUCAGGGAGGUGAACGCCUCUCGUUACCGCACUGGCUAGGAACAUGGCGAGUGCAUUUUGAUGGUGUAGAGGCGUAUACGCUUUUUUGGCUGAGUUGGCCUUCUGUAAGUUUCUAUGCUGUGGCCUCGACUAUAUUCUUUGAUUUUUUUUAAAUUUUAUUCAGUCUUGCGAAAUUUUUGAAGUUUCUGUCUGUUUUCAAAAAAUGAAGUCGAGGCUAUGCCCGUAUAAUGCUAUGCUUUAGUAAUGCUGCAAAUGGUCUAUACCAAGUGUGAAUGUUCGUUUUUCCUGCCAGCCUUUGAAUGAACCAAACGCCCACGCGUGGCGGUGUAAAAACGGCGAUGUUUUCUCGUAAACAAUGCCAAUGGCCCAAUGGGAUUUAUAUUUCCCAGGUCAACCGGCAAUAUUACAUUUAUAUUUUACAGAGAAACUGGCAACAUUUCAUUUAUCUUUCCUUGGGGGAAAAUAACAAAACCGAAAUUUUGAUCAUAAUUUAAGAUUUAAUUAAAGCGAUGUAACCCGAUGUUGUCAUUUGACACUUGAAAUGCAUGUAAAACAAACAUCGAAACUUCGGUAAAAUAGCGUUUUGUGAUCACUUUGUCCGCUCGUCGGUUUUUAGGUCACUAAACCACGCUAUUUCCCUCGGCCUCAAUAAAUACAUGUAAAUUAUAAAUAAUGAAUGAAUUGAUAAAUUAAAUAAUGAAUUAAUUUUUGAAAAAUUGCAUGUUAGAAAAAAUUUAGCACGUGAUGUAAUAAUUUUUCCCUCAGCCUCCGUAAAUACAUGUAAAUUAUAAAUAAUGAAUGAAUUGAUGAAUUAAAUAAUGAAUUAAUUUUUGACAAAUUGCAUGCAGGGACGCCGGAACGAUGUGAAGGCAAGAGGGGGCAAAUUUUCGUGAAAGGGCACUUUUGAAUUGAUAUAUACUAAGAGAUGUUCGCAAAACAUCGGGAGUUGAACUUCGCCUAAUCAUGUUUUCUAUUUAUUGGAUGAUAGGGGUGUGAGGGGGUUCUCCGCCAGGCGAUUUAGCUAUUCUUGAAGCUCGAUGACUGCAUUUCUUGCGCCUUUCUGAAGCAAAUUCGUAAAAGAAUUGCACUAACAUUUCUGACAAUUCGCUAUUUAAGGCAAUCCUUUAAAUUGAAAGGGCACCUUUGCCCCCUUGCCCCUCCUGGUAAAGGGCAACGGGGCCGGCUGCCCCUCCUGCCCUCCCCCCAGGGGCGGAUCUAGGAAUUUUCGAACGUUAGUCAAAUUUUUCCGAGUUGCUGCC